AUGACUCUGAAAGAUAUACAGGAACAGUUUCUAGCAGACCAUGAAGCACCUAUCACAAUGCUAUCGGUCAAGGAUUAUUUCCCACAAUUGACCACAAGGGAACAAUUAUAUGCCCAUUAUAUGGCAUUAGCAUCUCAUGCAGGAACAAGAAUAGUAACAAGACAGGUCUCCGUUGAGAGUGAAUCGAUCUAUGAUUUGAUUUUGAAUAUUCAUAGGAAUUUGAAUGGUGACUAUUCAGUUGUGAGCUCUAGUGAUGAUGAUAAAAGGGAAACUCAGUAUUAUUUGGAAUGGGCUUCCCAAAUCUUGGCUAACUUGGGUAAUUUUAGAUCCUUUGGUGAUUCUAAGAUCAUUCCUCGUUGUUCUGUUGCCUUUUUCAAAAAAUUGCUUUCAGUCGCUGGAAUAAAAUCAGUCACUAACACCAGGGAAUUCCCAGAUACAAACUCAUUGCUUGAAAAGGGUAUUUAUAAUGUCGAUGAAAAGAGUGGACUACUCGGGUUUCCAGCAGACGGAUUUACCAGUUCUUACUAUACAGGCUUGCCUAUCUCAAUUGAUGACAUGAAAUUUUUGAAGAAUAAGGUGUUUAGUAAAUAUGACAUUAUGCCCGAAAAUUUAACUAUUCACAAGGAAUCCUCAACUGAUUUUGAAAUCCUGGUAGCAUCAGAAGUAAUAAAAGGUAUUGAUGAAUGUGAAUCAUAUACUAUUAAAAAUUCUGAUGAUAAAGAAGUUCAAGUGAAAUUUAAGUAUGGGGAACAUCAUGAAGAAAUGACGCAUAUUAUUUCCAAUUUAGAGAAAGCUAAAAAGUAUGCAACCAACAAGACACAAGAGGAAAUGUUAGAAAAAUAUAUUGGCUAUUUCAAAUCUGGUGAAGGUGCAUUACACAAGGAUGCUCAAAAAUUGUGGGUGCAAGAUAUUUCUCCCACUAUUGAAACAAACAUUGGGUUUAUCGAAACUUAUAGAGAACCUUCUGGGAUUAUUGGUGAAUAUGAAGCCUUAGUAGCCAUUCAGAAUAAGGAACGUACAGCCAAAUUUGCCACUAUGGUCGCUAAUGCUGAACAAUUUUUAUCCCUCUUACCAUGGGAUCAUUCUUUUGAGAAGCCUAAAUUUCAUGCUCCAGAUUUCACAUCUCUAGAGGUUUUAACUUUUACUGGUUCUGGUAUCCCAGCAGGUAUCAAUAUCCCUAACUAUGACGAUGUCAGAUUGAAUGUUGGGUUCAAGAAUGUCUCUCUAGGAAAUAUAUUGAGCGCAGCUACUAAGGGAUCAUCAAAACUACCACCUACUUUUAUUUCAGAGGCUGAUCGUCCUAUUUUUGAAAAGUAUCAAGGCGAAUCAUUUGAAGUACAGGUCGGUAUCCAUGAGUUAUUAGGUCAUGGAUCAGGUAAAUUACUAACUGAAACAUCACCAGGUGAAUACAACUUUGAUCAUUUGAACCCACCAAUUGGAUUAGAUGGUAGACCAGUGGCAACAUAUUAUAAAUUUGGUGAAACAUGGGGGUCCAAAUUUGGUGCUUUGGCUGGGGCAUAUGAAGAAUGUAGAGCAGAAUCAAUUGCAAUGUAUUUGAUAACAAACAGAAAAUUAUUAGAAAUUUUUGGUUUCCAAACUAAAAAAGAUCAAGACAACAUUAUCUAUGCAGGUUUUUUGCAGAUGGCACGUGCUGGGUUAAUGGCUCUACAAUAUUGGGAUCCUGAAAGCAAAAAAUGGGGUCAAGCUCACAUGCAAGCUAGAUUUUCAAUUAUGAAAACGUUCUUGAAACACGCAGAAGGUGGGAAAUUCUUAAAAUUAGUUCCAAGUGAAGACGGUAAGGAUUUAUUUAUUGAUUUAGAUCGUUCAUUAAUCGAGACUGUUGGCCAUGAAUGUGUAAAGGAUUAUUUGCUACACUUGCACGUUUACAAGUGCUCUGCCGAUGUCAAGAGGGGGAGCGAAUACUUCAUUGAUAGAUCUACUGUGACAGAAGACUUAGCUAGCUUGCGAGAUCUCGUUAUCUCGAAGAAAUUGCCAAGAAGACAAUAUAUUCAAGCCAACACAUUAUUAAAUGACCAAGAUGAAGUUGUAUUGAAGGAGUACGAUGAGACUUCGCUGGGUAUGAUCCAGUCAUUCAUUGACAGAAAUGUGUAA